AUGAGGCCCAGCAGCUUCUUGGUCCUGGCGGUGUUCCUUAUCCUUGGGACUCUGGCAGCACAGGCGGCUGUCAUAGGCGUUCCUCCUAAAGGGCAAGGCACAGACAAAGGUCGUGUUCUGGUCAAAGGACAAGAUCCGGUUAGAGGUCAAGACCCAGUCAAAACCAAAGAUCUGCUCAAAGUUCCAGUGUCCACUAAGCCUGGCUCCUGCCCCAACAUUCUGAUGCGGUGUGCCAUGAUGAACCCCCCUAACCGCUGUUUGAGGGAUACCGAGUGCCCCGGGGCCAAGAAGUGCUGUCAGGGCCCUUGUGGGCUGGCCUGCUUGGAUCCCCAGUGA